GAAUCCAUACCGUGCGACUGUGGGUGAACGAACCCUCGGAGAAAUCCAGCAACAUAACAAUUUCAUUUUCAUUUCAUAAAAAUUUCAAUCCCAAACCAAAGCAGUUUGCAACAAUCAUGGCGUUAUCAAAUCUCCGAAGACUAACCACCCAAACCAAAAGCCACCUCUCCUCCCUUUCCUACCUCACUCAAUCCCCAAUCUCCCGCCUCACCUCAACCCAAAAAGUCUCUGACCGCAUCGUCCGUCUCUCCGCAAUCGACUUCGAAGGCAAAAAACAUGACGUCCUGGGCCUAACGGGCCAAACCCUCUUGAGAGCCCUAGUCAACACGGGCUUAAUCGACCCUGAUUCUCACCGUCUCGAAGAGAUCGACGCUUGUUCAGCUCACUGCGAAAUCAACAUCGCUCAAGAAUGGCUUGAUAAGCUUCCACCUAGGACUUACGACGAAGAAUAUGUUCUUAAACAUAAUUCCAGGCUUAGGGUUCUUAAUAAGCAUUCCAGACUUGGUUGUCAGGUUCUUCUUAAUCACGAUCUUCAAGGUAUGGUUGUUGCACUCCCUGAACCCAAACCAUGGGACACUUCCUAGGUCUUUUUUUUUUGGAUGUUUUUUUGUUGAAUAAUGUGGUUGACUCAAAGUGGUGAACUUAUUGAACCUUA